UACGCUAUCAUUUACAAAUUCGCCAGAAAGUGCCAGAAAAUACUAUUAUUAGUAGUUAGCUUUGAGUCCGUUGACAUGAAGAAACACAGAGAGCAAUGGAGAGUAGAUUCUGCGUUUUGAACGACACUGAAGACCUCCAAACGCAACUCUCAAACACUAAGAACAAUUUCCACUUCGACAGGUCUAAGACACUGUUUGAGGAAAUCCGUGCCUCCAUCAACAACAAUGACGAAGAGGACCGCUCCUUUUGGAGGCCUGUGCUUCCAUGGGGUGGCGUCUUUACCAUCAAGGCAGGACGGAAGGCUAUAUCAUGCACGCCUCUGUACGUUAAAAUCAACCUGAAAAACACCUGCACCAUCGAUGGCUUUCUCAUGAUCCUGUAUGUGAUCCUGCGGGACAACCAGGGCUUUCCCCAGGAGUUAGCUGUCUUUCUAGGCAAGCACUUUGUGGAGCAUUUCCUCUACCUGAUGGACUCAUGUGACUACACCACAGUGAAGAUGCUGUGGAUCUGGAGCAGGAUGUCUAAACGCCAGUACCGCUCUGCGAUCUGCCAGGCAGCACUGGAGAUUGACCUGUUUGGCAAUGAGCAUGAAAACUUCACAGAGAACCUGGAGAACCUCAUGUCCUCCAUACAGGAGAGUCUGUGCACCAACUGGAGCUGUCCAUCCCGCUUCCAAGCAUUCAUCAAGAGUACAAUAAACAUCAGCCCUCCUCAUGAGCUGCCUCACAGAGACCCUAUUCAGUCAGCUGUGGAUGGGUUCUUCUCCCCCAAACUCCUACUCUGCACAGAACUGGGGUGUGAUGGCCUAAGAGAGUUCUCUCAGAGGGUUUUCUGCAACGGACCCCCACCCUUUGUCAUUCUCAACAUGCAGCAGUGGAAGUCAGAGGAACUGUCCUAUGUCCCUUACCAUCUAGCCCUCUGCCAGCACAGGUACUUACUAGAGGGUGCCACACUCUUCAACAGGGAGGAGCAUCACUACUCUGCAGCCUUCCAGAUAGACGGCUGCUGGAUGCACUAUGACGGUCUGAGAAGUGACAAUCUGAUCCUGUUACAUAAGCCGCCGGAGCUCCUGCUGCUGUCCUCUCUGGUCUACAUCCGUGCCUCCGACAAGUGA